UUUUGAAAGUGUUUACUUUUUGAUCGAAUGACAUGGUGGUUAGAUAUUUUCAUAAAUAAAAUAGCAUGAAAUUUAAAUAACACUGUGAAGAGAUUUUGCCAUUUUAUUUGCCAUUUACGUUACUGUUUUGUAGUGUAUAAACAAUUUUCUUUUUUAAUUAGUAGAGCAUGAAAACGACAGCAAAAAAUCAUAAACAGAAUUUUGCAGCCUAAUUUUUUAUUUUUAAAUAAUAUUUCUAGAAUUGGGAAUUUAAUGCUUUUAAAAAACAGUCUUCUCUAUUCAUUUUAGAUGUGUAUAAAAUUAAAGAAAGUUAUGAAGAAAUUGAUCUAUGGACUGUUAUGCUUCCUUGUUUUACUAGGACUAGCACCGUUAUACAUUGACCUUCUCAUAGACACUUGCAGUAAAAUUAACAGUAACUUUCCAUCAUUAUCUUUUUUGCAAUCCAGAAACUGCGUUUCAAAAUUUAGAAUUAAACCAGGUGAACUACAUCAAUUGAAAGCUAAGUUAGUGGAGAGAGGGAAGGAAUUCGAAGCACCAACUGUGACAUUCAACAAAAGCAAGUUUGACAUCAAUUUAAAAUUGCAAAACAACAGGUCUUCAUCUGUCACGGCAAACAAUGGUAUAAAUUAUAAUGGCACCUUAUUGAGUAAAGAAAACAGGGAAUUUAUAGCUGAGAUUGAACAUAGGAAAGCUAAACCACCUAAACUGGUAAGAAAAAUGUCAAAACAAAAAAAAGCUGGUCGUGUAAAGGUUAAGCACUCACAGUCUGAUAAAAAAUCAUUCCAUAAAACAGCCAAACCAAACAUUCAGAUAAAUCCUAACAUUUUUUCUCUUGCAAAAUCAAAGAAAAAUAACAAUUUAAAAAUAAAGCACUCUCAGUUUGAAUCAUCCCAGAAAACAUUAAUGGUAUACAGUCCUAAGAAACUAUUUUCUAAGAAUGUUGUAACAAAUGCUAAUGAUGUUUACCCUCAUAAAUGUAACGAAGAUACAUACGACGUUCUCAUAAAACCUUGCAAAAAUGCUUUAGCAUGGUCUCAAAGACAAAAAAAUUACACACAACGAACAAGUUUAAAAUUCACUACAAUCGACAUUAAUGUUAAACCACCUGGUAGUGUGAGCUAUUUAAAAAUGACCACUUUUGAUGAAUCCAAUUUGAGAAAAGAAAGGGGUGGUGACUCAUGGUGGGUGCAUGUAAUAGGGCCAGUCUCAUUUCAAGUGGAUGUGGUUGAUGAUUUGGAUGGGACAUACCAUGCACAAUUUGAUUUUAUGGAGUCUGGAGACUAUAGUGUUGUUAUUAACUUGAAAUACAGCUUGUGUCAUGGAUAUUUGGAUCCACCAAUGUGGUGGUUUAAAAAAGGAAAUAUAGGAGGCAAAUAUCAAAAACAAGGUAUAUUAAAUGGACAAAGGGAUCUGAUCAACGAAGAGAAGAUAUAUAAUGUCCUAGUACCAGACAAUCCCAAAGCAGAUUUAAGUUUAAAUUCCCUUCAACGAAAAUCUAGAGAAGUGAAUUAUAGAUAUCUUAAUCCGUCUUGUGGUUAUUGGAAGGGAAGUUAUCUGUACCUCCAACAAAAGUUGAAAACAUUUCCGAAACAUACAUACUCUACUGGUAGCUGGCUCUGGGUGUAUGGUGAUUCCAUCCAAAAACGCUUUGGAGAGAGCUUGAAGCGAGAUAUCGUUUGUCGAGAGUAUUACACCUGCAAUUUGACAUACGCGUGGGUUUACACCAAUCCGCAAGUCACAAAAAAGAUAUUUGAUGAUAAAGAUUUUAACAAGGAUAUUAUAUUGGAGGAAAUAAAGAACAUAUUAGAUGAACCUGGCAUGCAAAAGAAAUCAAGCUUGCUUCUACUUAACUUCGGACUUCAUAUCGUCAUGACGACACAAUUGAGUAAAGCACAGGAUUUAUUUCGUAGCCUACUGAGUAUGCUGUCGAUGAGGAGAAGGGCGUCUCCUGAUCGAUUUCCAAGUGUGGCGUGGGCGUCAACAACAUCACCGAAUGAGCAUGAAUACAGAGCCGAAAAAAGCGAUGGGAAAGAGAUUCAUGUGGAUGACAUAAGGUUCUUAACGAAGCAGCGUGUCGUUCUGUGGAACGCGUUCACGAGAGAUGAACUUCAAAAGACCGACAUACCGAUUCUAAAUAUUUUCAAAGUGACGGCGUCGCACCCAUCGGGGCCGACUGAUGGUAUGCAUUAUCCCAGCAACGUGUUAUUGACUGUCAAAGAAGCAUUUCAAGCGUAUGCUUUGGAUGAUCCUGUGAGUUGAAAAAAAUGCAAACUAAGUUGGUGACGAGUAAAAAGAGAAACGCGUCCUCGAGAUGAGUAAAGAAAAAAACGUAUCCUCGAGAUGAGUAAAAAAAGAAACGCAUCCUCGAGAUGAGUAAAAAAAGAAACGCAUCCUCGAAAUGAGU